UAAACGGUCCCACUACUUUUUUGCCGCUCUGCACGUGUUGCAAUUGUUAUUAUUUUACGAAGAAAAAUGUCAAAGUUCCUGUCUUAUUACAACCUGUUUCCUAUACCGGAUCCCAAGGAGUUCCUGGGACUGGCUUCAGACAGGGAAAAGGGUAAUGUGGUGACAACUCUUGCGCGAAAUGUGGUGGUGGUUUUAAAUAUCAGAACACAAAAGCAGUUACUUAGUUGGUCCCUACCGGAGAAGUUAUCCUCCAAGGUCAUAUACGAUCCAAGGAGCCAAAAAUAUGUUGGGGUUUUUGGGAAUCACUCUCUGCGUCUUUGGGAUGUGGAUACCACUGAUGUCGCCAAGUGUAAGAAGCUGAAGUUCCAAAAAAGUAUUGCUCAUCUGGUGGAAACUAACCAGGAAGUCUUGGUUCUCUACAGCGAUGGCUAUUGUCAAAACCUUUCCCAAGCGUUGGACUCUCGGAAAGAUCAAAAAGAAGACACUGCUGAGCAGCUAGCCUUGGCUGCCAGCAAGAUUAUCAGCAAGCCCACAGUCAAUACCUUGGCCGAGGGGCAGGAAGUGCUUACCUAUUUUGAGGAAAUAAAGGCCACAGGUGAGCUUCAGCUCAUCCGCCUUUCCCUGACCACCGCCAGCCGGCGAAAGUACCUCAUCAAAAGGGAGGAUGUACGCCUUACAGGAUAUGCCGUCGUGGAGGGCGAUGUGGCUCCUCAGUUGCUAACCAUUUGGUCUGACAAACGUAUCUUCAUGCUGAAUCUGGCGGAGCGUACGUCAGAGCGAUCACCGGGACAAUUUGUAUCCAUGCUGGCCGAACUGAACGUGGAAAGUAAACUAUCCGUGCACGGAGUCUCUCGUAAUUUUGCUGCCAUAUACGGCGCCAACUACGGACAAGAAGGCGCUUCGCUGUUGGUCUAUAAUACCCAGUUCAAGGUGGUCAACGCCAAGCAGUACUUCAAGGUUUACCUGGACUUCUCUCGCCUUUGGGCCGGCGAUGAACACAUUCUGCUGGCCAUGGGUCACAAUAUAGCCGCCGUGCGUUACCAAAUGAACCGAGAUGUUCUAGUGGAUAUGCUAGGGUCCCAGUUCAGCGACACCCACCUCACGCCCAUCGAGUUGGAUCACAUAAACGAGGAGGAGUAUUUGGAGUCGGUAAUCAAAUUCGAUGGCAGCACAAAAUCCUUAAAUUACGUGGCUAUGAAAUCCAAGUUAAAUAAGCACUUACCAACGUUUGAGUUCCAAAAGGCAGAUGGCAAGGAGUUGGCAUACGAGCCACCCGAGCUAAUGGAUCAAGAAAUCGAUGAAAUAAUUAAGCAGCAUGUCCAUGGAGAGGCGGCCAGCUGCGAAAACGGGUUGGAAGACGUGAGUGUAUCCCUUAUGACAAACUUUUUUGAUACGGGACCGAAGAACACAGCCGUCCAGGCCUUGGUCCGCCAACUGGAAAGAAGUGGAGCAGGCGAAGAGGAAAUAAUCGAGAAAAUGUUAACACUUUUCAUUAAAACCGAGAACACAGAGCAUGUUCUGAUGUGCCUGCGGCGUUACAGCAAUAUAUCAGAAAGAAUGUUAGCCUGGUCGCUGCGCUUUGCUCUAGAUCAAAAAAUAGUUCCGUCUCCUAUCAAUGGCGAAACCAAAGUUGAACCGAUGAAGACGAAUCAGUCGAAUGACGAGCUGCUAAAUGCAGUUCUAGCCUGCAGCUUUGACGCCAGCGUCAUGGAAGAGCAUCUGCGGCAACGACUGGAUCUCUCCCAUGUCCAGCACCUCUUGAACCACCUGUUUGACCUGGUCGAUGAUCCUAGCGCCCAACUAGAAGAAAGACCAAACCGGGACUCCUCGUCGGUUCACACGGAAGUUCAGGCCUUGCAAUGGUUCGGCUGUCUUAUGACUUCCCAUUUCACGCUGCUAAGUAUCUCCAAGGACAAGGCUCUGCUUGAGACGCUCUCUAAGUGGGCCAAUCUUCUCUCUUUCUACGAGGAUAGUUUAUUCGAUUUAGCCAAUUUGCUGCCGCAGCUCACGAAUAUUAUGGAGAAGCGCCAGGUGAAACCAAUUUAUUCUACCACGUGGUAUGGCAUUGAGGAAGUGGUGCUCUACUAGAAAUAUAAUAAAGGACUUUAGAGUUUUCCUUAAGUUUGUUUCUUAGUCGUUAAGCCAAAUAAACGUAGAAUUAACAUGA